UGCCAUUCCCCUGAUCCAGACCUCUUAAUGGCCGAUCGUCUGCAUUCUAAGGCCAUCAAGCUUCUCACCAAGCUGUCAUGAAAUCACUGCCUGACAGAUCGGUGGAUCGCGACCGGUCGGAUACUCCUGCAUCCACGGUUCCUUGAACUGGUCCACCCAAUGGGUCCCUAUCUGCUUCUUCCUCACAACUUCACAGCGACUCAACUACUUGAAUUAACCGCGGAAACGGGUCCGAGAUGGUCGGAUCAAGCCCGAUAUUCUCCAGCAGGUUAUGAUUUGCUCGUUCCCCGCACGCUGGCAACGUAUCUCGCAUCACACACGGCACCCCCUCCCCGCUCCCAUGGGCACUCAGAGGAAAGCAGCUAUAUAGUCCCCGGCUUCGACUGAAUCUGAGGGGGAGUCAAGCAACUCGGGGAAUCCUGCGCUGUUACAGCUGUAAUCACAACAAUGACAGCCUCCGCGGAAGAUGUCGUACCCUUCUCGGUGGAAGGGAAGACGGCCAUUGUCACGGGCGCUGGCUCGGGGAUCAAUCUAUCAUUCGCAUCCCUUCUGCUAUCCAGGAAUUGCAAUGUUGUGGUAGCCGACAUCGCUCUGCGACCGGAAGCAGAGCAACUCAUCGCCAAGUAUGAGGCCGCUGACUCCUCCCCGCGAGCAGUUUUCAUUCGCACAGACGUCACCUCUUGGGCCGACUUGAAACGCAUGUUCGACUUGACCUUGUCCUCGUUCGAAGAGUUUCAUAUCCUCUGUCCUGGUGCGGGUGUCUACGAGCCCCCGCGGUCGAAUUUCUGGCAGCCACCCGGCUCCGCCAUGAGCAAAGACAAAGAGGACAGCGACCGAUACGCGCUCCUCGACAUCAACGUCACGCAUCCCAUCCGAACUACCCAACUGGCCUUGUCGCAUUGGCUGCAUCCCACAAGCCCCAACGUAGCUCCUGUCUCUGCGCAGAAUCCCCGCCGCGUUAUUCACAUCUCCUCCGUGGCAGGUCAACUGCCAAACGUUGUGUGUCCCAUGUAUGGCGCUUCGAAGAGCGCCAUUACCGGCUUCGUGCGGUGUUUGGCCCCCCUCGAGCAAGCGAUCGGCGUUCGCGUCAAUGCAGUGGCCCCCGGUCUUAUACGUACCCCACUGUGGGUCGAGAACCAGGAGAAAAUGAUGCUUAUCGACGAGGAGAAAGACGGAUGGGCAACGCCCGAAGAAGUCGCAUCCGCCAUGCUAAGAUGCGUGGAAGAUAAGGAUAUCGGGGGAGGAACGAUAUUGGAAGUUGUUCGCAACUCAACGCGACGUGUCGAGAUUCUGAAUGACCCAGGUCCCGCUAGGGUGGCUGGGGAUGCCUCCAUCCCGAGCAAGAACCAACAGGGGGUGGACCAACUCCUGGAAUCCCUGAAGCAGAAGGAUAUAUGGGGCCCACAACAGCGGUCGACGUAGUGUGCAUACUGCUAUCUUUACCUUCAUUGAGUAAACAUAAGUAGGGAAGGCAGAAGAAAUCGUUAAGCCAUCAGUGAAGCCGCCUCCCGUUGGAUAACAUCAUCGGCUAUUAUAGCGAUAUGAUAAACAGAUCUAACACUGAAUCCCUGUCUUUGACCUUAUGAUCUUCGUGGUGGACCUUUUUAACAUGCUCUUCCAUAUUACCCAAUCCGUUGCUAUUGUCAUGAUCUAUGGUGUCAUUGUCCAGUACGUCUCUCAACAGUACCAUACUACAUAUCUUUAGGAUCCUUGGGAAAUUCGGUGUAGAAUCUCAAUACGUAUAGUAGGGAUUCCAGCGUCGGUAUCGCGAUACUGUUGGUGUUGCUGGACUGUCCACAGUGUGGAUGGAUUUGGCUGAAGUAAAUGGGUUGCCCUGUCUAUGAAGAACGCGUGGCACUUUCAGGAGGAUGCAAGGCAUGUCAUAAUAUAGUAU